AUGCAUGCUCCCCAGGCCACCGCCGAACUUGCCGCUACCUACGCCGCCCUCAUCCUUGCCGACGAUGGCAUUGAGAUCACCUCCGACAAAAUUGUCGCGCUGACAACCGCGGCUGGUGUUGAGCUCGAGCCCAUUUGGGCAUCUCUCCUCGCGAAGGCGCUCGAGGGCAAGGAUGUCAAGGAUCUCCUCUCCAACGUCGGUGCGGGUGGUGGAGCUCCGGCCGUGGGUGCCGGGCCCGCAGCAGGUGGUGCCGCCGCCGCCGUGGAGGCGCCGAAAGAGGAGGAGAAGAAGGAGGAGGAGAAGGAGGAGUCCGACGACGACAUGGGCUUCGGUCUGUUCGACUAA